AUGUCAGACGACGAGCGACAGGGCCUUGCCUUCAAGGUGUACAUAACCGUGCCCGGGCUGGACGAGGCGACCGUCAUCGGCGCGCUUUGUGAUGACGACGAAGAGGACGCGGACAACUUCAAGGUCGAAACGCUCGUGGGGCAGUCGACGCAGGCAGUCAUCCGGCACCACCGUGCGGGCAACCACGGCGAGGACGUCAAUUCCAAGCUGCUCUUGGUGUUUGACUCGGACGAUCUCGAGGAGCGCGGCGCGCUGCUGGUGUCGCUGGACGAGUACCACGGCUUCGACGACGGCGUGCGGUACGCACCAGAAGACGCCAACAACUACAUCAGCUCGCUGAGCAUCGCCAACGAGGACUGGUACACGGUGCGGCAGGACGUGCCCGAGGAAAAGACGGAGGCGGCGCCCGUCGAGUGGUUCGCGCUGUACGACGUGCUGCCCAAGGAGCGCCGGGCCGAGUUCGACGCCGCGCUGCUGGCCAUGAACAAGGGCGUCCAGGACGUUGGCGCGGACGAGCCCGACGAGGAGGGCGACCCGGACGAGCUGCCGCGGUUCUACAAGGCGGCGCGCGCGGAGGGCAGCGACGUCGGGCGCAUCAGCGACGGGCACCCGGCCUACGCGGAGGAGCACGGCGUCGACGCGGCGCGCUUUGCCGUCGUCGACGGCGGCUACAAGGCCGAGGGCGCGCUCAUUGUCCAGGUAGAGCCUGAGAGGGACUCGUUUCGCUGCAAGGGCGAGGUCGCGGGCGAGGUUUUGCGCUGGAUCUUUGUGAAUCUGAUGACCUGGGACGAGGCCAAGGAGUUUGCCGGACGGCAGUAA